AUGGGAAGAUGGAGGGAUGUACAUAGGGAUCAAAGUGAAGAAAGGCAUGAGGAUGGAAGAUGGAAUGGAAAUAGGGGAAAUGAUGGGAACUGGAAUAACACAAAUAGGGGUAACCAUACAGGAGGUAAUGGGUAUGGCAAUAGUCAAAAUAAUGGAUAUAAUAGAGGUAACAAUGGCAACUAUGGAAAUGGCAAUGGUGGAGAUAGGAACAAUAAUAAUGGCAAUAGAGGUAAUAAUGGAAACAAUGGCAAUAGUAAUGACAGUGGAAACAGUGGGAACAAUGAAGAUGCAGGGGAAUGCAAAACUCAUUAUGAGAUUUUGUAUCAUAGACAUGAUACUCUACAACAAGCAUUCAACAUUGCUGCUACUAUUGAGAACAAUAGGAAGGUUGCUGGGAAAAUUGCUAAAAGAGAUGAUCCAAAGUUAUACAAUCCUAGGGUUCCCAAGAAAGAUAACCUUACUCAGAUCAUGGAUAUGCAUAAGGACAUUGUUAGGGGUAAAAACAAAGAAUUAAUGGGCCGGCCGUUUGAACAACAAUUAAUUGUCGUGGAUAGCGACACGUAUGAGGAGAGUACCGUGGAAGAGGAACGAGAGGAUCAGUUGACGGCGGACUUGCUAGAGUUGUGGGACGUGUCGGUCACGUAG